UUGUGGAGACCUGGACAAGCAGUCCGUGCUCGCAGAAGAAAGUACCGAACAGUACUAUCGGUGCUUGAUCUACCAGAGCGAGGACGAGAAUUAUAAAUAUGGGCUCUUUUCACUGGCGUCUUCUUGCUGGGAAAUGCUGCUGUUUUCAUGCUCAUCUGAGUUUAAUUACUCUCUCUCCUGGAAAGAAGAAGAUCAUGGAUAUUAAUUACGUUAACGGGAUCAUAAACAGCGCCGAAGGAUGGUAGAAGACUGCAAAAGAGAGUCAGAAGCAGAGAGAGAGAGAGAGAGAGAGAGAGAGAAAGAGAGAGAGUCCUGUCUCUAUAUCUGCUGGAAGAGUAGCAAGGGUCUGAGAGAGCUGGCAAAAGGGCGGUAGGCCGGGAGUGCGGUGAUGGGAGGAGUCGACGCCACCACCACCUUCGCCCCUUCCUUCCAUCUCCUCAACCCCAAAUCCCAUCUCAGCCUCCUCCAUGAUCAAGUUGACGACAACAAGAAGAAGAGGAACCACUCCGAAGACGAUGCUAACGGCGACGACCGCUCCUCCAGCGCCGACGACUUCGUUGAAGCCGGCUCCGGCGGCUGCAGCUCCGGGCGGCGCCCACGUGGCCGGCCGCGCGGGUCCAAGAACAAGCCGAAGCCGCCCGUCAUCGUCACGCGCGAGAGCCCCAACGCGCUCCGCUCCCACGUCUUCGAGGUCGGCAGCGGGGCCGGCAUCAUGGACACGAUCGCCACCUUCGCCCUCCGGCGCCGGCGCGGGGUCGCGAUCCUCAGCGCCAGGGGCGCCGUCACCGACGUUAAGCUCCGACAGCCGGACGCGCCGCCGGGAUCCGUGGUGGCGCUCCCUGGCAGGUUCGAGAUCCUCUCUCUUUCGGGGGCAUUCCUCCCGGCACCAGCGCCGUCGGGCGCCACCAGCCUGUCAGCGUACCUGGCCAGGGGGCAGGGCCGGGUGGUGGGCGGGAGCGUGGUGGGGGAGUUGGUGGCCUCGGGACCGGUGGUGAUAAUAGCAGCCACGUUCGCAAACGUUAUCUACGAGCGGCUGCCUCUCCCUGACGACGAGCAGCCGGUAGGGACAGAGCAAAGUAAAGGAGGCAACGGCGCGAGCGAUGACAGCUUCUCAGCUGCGGAUCCGUCGUCCAUGUCGCUCCCAACCGAUCUGCUGCGCCAUGGCAAGCAAGAUGUGUUCGGCGCAUGGGCUUUGGCGAGUUCUCGUCCGCCGCUCUCCUAUUGGUAGAACUCUUCGGCCGACACUACGCCGCCCGAGAAGUGGAAUGAGAACUCAGCGCCUGUUUCAUCUCUUCUGCAAGAUCGGAUCUCACGAACUUUGAUGUACACUAUUGCAUGUAAUCGAAUGUUUUCGUUUCA